GUUAUCGAUAAAAACAGGAACUAAUUUCUUCUACGAUUAACCAAGUUUCUGAUUACUGAUAAGGAAAAAAUCUACCUCUUUCUGUAAUUUAACCUGUUUUCUUCAUUAUUGAUAAAGAAGAAAACUGCUUUCGUUUUAACAUUGCCUUGUGACUAAAUCGAUACUGAAGUUAGGAUAUAAUUUACGUGAAGUCCGUUUGGUGGCGUAACGUUUUCUCCGUUUAGGGAAUGUUUAUAGAGUUGUAUACAGAGGUUGUGCGAAUUUUUUACUCGUGAACGGUUUCAAAAAGAAACAUGUCAAAGUCAAAAAAGAGUACACAUAGUACAAAGGAUGCUAGUAGUUCAUCUGGUACAUCUUCAUCACUAUCAUCUGAUGAGGAAGUGGAUGCACGAGAUCUUAAAUCAAUUAAAGAAUAUUUAUCAGAUCGUCGAGAACUAGCUCGUCAACUUUUCAAGUCUGUAAAGUCAGAAAAAAUACAAAUGAUGUUGCCACAAGUAUUAAAGAAAAUGGAUUUAGGUCAGUUAGAGGAAUGGUGUGCAAAUGAAUUAAGUGGUAUGUCAAAAGCUCGUAUAUUAUCUAUUUUAAAUGGGAAAGCUAUGGUAGAAUCCUCAGAUACAACUGAGUCUGACGAUUCAGGACCUUCUUUAGAAAUUAUCUCAGAUACAGAGGAAUGGUUUAGUGAUGAGGAUUUACUUAAGAAAGAAGAAGGAUCACAGUCUCUAAAGGGAAAGAUAAAUAAAGAUAGAGUUAAACAGAAAGGAAAAAUUUUAUCUCAGAGGAAAAAUGAUAAUAAAUAUACCAAUAAGAAAAUUUCUGAUAAUGUCCUUAAAAAUGUUGAAAUAAAAAAAGAGGAGGAAGUAGAUAAAAAUAAGGAAAAAGAAGGUGAUAGUUUACUUGAUUUGUUAGAAUUAGAAAUGCGGGCAAGAGCAAUACGAGCUUUAAUUAGGAAAGAGGAGGACAUUGUACCAAAUGCUGCUCAGUCUGUCGAGGGUGGUAACAGUGCAAAUGCUAGAAAUAAAAGCGAACAAGAUGAACAAAAAGAAAAAGAAAAUUGUCGAAGACAGUUGGAAAGAAUUAUUAGUGCUCAACAGAGCAGUAAUAUUGAGGAUGAAGAUGUGGUAUUAGUUGUUCAACCAACUACUACUAUUGAGUUAUUAUCUAGUGAGAGUGAAGGAGAAGCUCACAGUGGAGUACGUAUAAAUAAAAAAUUACAAAACGAACGUGUUAUAGAGACCAAAGAAAAUGUUGAUAUCAAAGAUAAGGAAACUAGUAACGCACACAAUACAAUUAAUUCAGAUAACUCAAAUGAAAAUAAAGAUACAGAUAAUAUAUCAGAAGCACAUAAGAACGAUGUUUCCAAACGAGUUCAUAGCAAUAAUUUAGCUAAUAGUGAUGUUCAGUCAAAACCAGUUAGUAUAAAAAGAAAGAGGGUAAAGAAAAAAUCACAUACAAAGGAACAACAGAAAAGUGCAAGCUGUAAAGUGGAUCUACAUAAAGUAAAGUCACAUAGUGAAAAUCAACAUAGAAAGAGUAUGAAGAGUAGUGAAUGCAUUAACGAGAAUGUGAAAUUAAAUGGAAAUGAAGUCGGGGACAGUAAUAAGUCAAAACUGCUUGACAAACCGGUCCUUAAAAAAGAAGAUUCGGUAGAAGCAUCAGGUGCAUUAAAUGUAGCAAACUUAGAUGAAGAGAAGUCUAGUGAUUUAGAUGAAAUAAUUGAUUUAGACAAUUACUGUGAUGACAUGGAUGAUAUGGAGAACAGUGAAAAUGAUAAAAAUAAAAAUAAGCAAAUUAAGAAGAGUGACCAAGGUAAAUCUGAAACAGAAACGUCUUCUGCCCAUAAGCCAAGCGGAGCUGAAACAUGGGCAAGUCGAUACUACCAAACAGACGAUGUUCAAAAUGUGAUAAAAGAAUCGAAGAUACAGUCAGAAAUACGUAAACGAUUAAGGGAACGUCAGAGGCUAUCGAAACUUACUGCAUCCCCGAAUAAAAAUUCUCCGUCGUCAUCCCCCGUGAUAGAAACUGUAAAUAAAAAAGUUCCAGAAAAAGACCCGAUGGGUUCUGUGGAUGAAUAUUUAGCUUUAAAACAAACUGCCGCUGCGAGCCUUAGUUCCGGUACCAAUAGCAAUGAUUCCAAUGUAGUAAAUGAGGGUAUUGUAUCUAUCAAUAGUUGUACCGAUGAAAGUACAUUAGUUGAAACUGAUUGUAUAUCAACUGUACAUUUAAAUAAACAAACAGAUGAUGAAGAAAUAAAUUGCAAUAUGAAGAACGAAGGUAUCGUUGGUACAGUAGAUACCAAUCCUGGUUAAUGUAAUUUGCAGACAGUGAAUUUAGCUAUACCACUUGAAUUUGAAUACUGUUCUUCAACAGGUUUAAUGCGGAACAAAUUAUGUACAGACGUUUUCUUUCACUUUCAGUUCUAUUUAUCUCCGCACUUUCUGAAAGAAUAAAAAAUAUGAAUAAAAUUCGAUUACACAAAAAACCACAUUUUUUAGUAUACUUGUAAAUUAAUGAUGUCUAGACAUUUCUGUCAUUUCCAUAAUGCGACGGUUAUAAUUCCUUUCAUCCAGUAAAUAGUUUCCUUGUUGCGCUUACCACGUUUGGUAAGAGACAUAAUAUCCAUUACUACAAAGCCGACGUUGAAGUUUUCUAAACAGAAAUUUCACGUUACAUAUAAAUUUCUCUACUGCUUUGUAAUUAGCAAUUAUAAAAU